UUCAGAAUUAAAAAAACUAGAUAGAGCACAGUACCGUAGUACAAUUAUACACAAAAACAUAAGCACGCACAAGGCUUGACCAUGUACCUAAAAUGUCCUUCGGUGUUCCGAGGCUCCAAACACCUUCCUCAUGACACCAGCGAGUUCAGUUCUGGAAGCCGUCAGAACACGGACAAUCUGAGCGACCUGUGGUUGGAGUCAAAUAGUAGUCAGGAAUCCUGCUACGGUCCAUGUAGUCGUCUGAAACUGGCCCUCCUGGACUACAAACACUUCAACGCUGCAAGGACCGUUCAGCGUUAUGUGAGGGGAUUUUUGGCCAGAAGGCAUCUUAAAAGGCAGUGCGAUGCCGCCACCACCAUAAGCAGGUGGUGGCGUGGUUUCUGGGUGCGCAAGUCAAAGUUCUCCUUCAUGCAGCAGCUGUUGCAGCAGAGGAUCAUCCAGUACCACCACGACAUGGCCACCAAGAUCCAGGCCCUGUUCCGCGGCUGGAUGACUCGCCAGUACUUCCAGGACUUCCAGGGCAUGAAGUCGCUCCGAAUUCAGUAUGUGGAAGAUAUGCUUAGUUCGCUUUACAGAAAGCUGCACAGAAUGCGAAAGGAGCAUUUGCUACCGGGCAUUUAUGCACUAAGGGAAUCUGACUUACUAAGUAAGAUCGAGGACCUUUCCUGUACCUUUGGAUACCGCUUUCAUAACGGGCGUGUGCGCGCGGCCAUUGCCAUGAAGCGAUCCUUCUUGAACGACAGGCGACAUGAGUUCCGAAAGGGAAAUACUUAUUCCAAAGCGCCUUUUCCGGGACCCUUUAAGGAAAACCUUACCGACUUGGAGUUCACCUUGCCCAAGAGAAUGCCAACACGCUUGCAGCGUACGAUACUCGUGUAUGACAAGUCCAUGAGGGAUAAGUAUGUUGAGAAGGUGUACAUGAACUAUUCAACCAAACGUCGUAUGAGCAUGCAUGCCCUGCGCGAGAAUAUGCGAACUCGUUUUUGCAAGGAUUUUAUGAAGCGUAUCAUGGCUAAAAGGAACAUGGCCCGAAACGCUCAGGAGCGCCAAAGCACUAAAUUCUACCUCGACGAUCUUCUUUCGGCCGCCGACGAAUACAAUUGUUUUUGCAAGCCCCGUGUAAAGGAGGAUAGCUUGUGCCCAUAGGUUGUCUCAGUAAGUGCUGGGAAAAUCUAUCUUCACAUUCGAUCUCUUUUACACUUUGGGCUCUUCAAAUUGCGAGCCUGUAUUGAAAAUAGUUGACGCCAAGCUUACAAAAGAAAACAAUA